GAAUUCCCGCUCAGUUUGAAACGUACGUCAAAGUGCCAUACAACGAAAUUUAACCUGUUCCCCAGCCUCAUCUAUAAAUUAAUUCUUUUCAAGUUUCUUUUUCAUUCUUGGAUGGAAAUGGCUACGAAAUCGAUUGUAAGGUACAUUUUCACCAUUUUAUUUGUUUCGGUCAUUUGCUGCAAAUGCCAAUCAAACAAAAACCCAAAAACAAACAACCCCGGCGGUUCUUCUUCUUGGGCGAAACUGCAAAUCUCAGCGGACACGUUAAGUUCCAUGAAUUACGGCAACUUUCUCAUUGAAAUUUACGAACACGCCAAUAAUCACAAGCAAACGACAAUAGCCAGCCAGAAAAAAUAUUUCUACGCUCCCAUUGCGCUGCUGGACCACAAAAGUGCCGUUAGUUCUUACAACAACGUUACAAAACAGCCAGAGAUGAGAUUCCGCAUUGAAAUGUGGAACGACAAAGUCCAGAAUGAAGUUGUGAAACAUUUAAACAAAUCUAUCGGCCAAGAAAUACAAUCCGAUAAUGUGAGGGUUAUUCCCUUGGAGAAGGUCAUUCUCGCCAGCAAAAGAGCCACAGUUGAUUAUUCGCUAUCGCCAGAGUGGACGAACUAUGACAAGAGCAAUACUUUAAGACUGUCUCUGUCGUGUAACGACCAGAAAAUCUGCGACGAACUGGCUAGUCAAAUGCGAUCGAAUCCCGAACAAUUUGACCAUUUGAAACUCCUGUACAGUUUAUCAUCGCAGACGUCGCAAACCAAACAGACGGCCAUCAGCAUCGACAGCGUCACUUCCGGUCAAUUGGUCUCGACUCUUUUACAGAAAUUCGGAGACAAAAAAGAAAUUUUUCUGACGGCCAACGACGAGAAGAAAAUGUUGACGGAAACGGCCACCAACAUCCGAAUGGACACAUUUGACGACUACGAGGUCGGGUCGCCUAAUACGGAAUCUCAAAUUUCAGAUAUUUUAAAAGGUAUGCUUGUCACGUCCAAGGCGACCAUAACUAAACAAAGUGACAAAAUGUGGGACUCGGUUUUCUGGAAUGACGACAAUUAUCGGCCGGACAAGACGACGAAAACUUUAAAUGAAAUCAUUAAAAAACUGGACAAGGAAACUCAAAAGAAAUUAGCGGAUAUGUUUCAGGGAGCGGAGAAGCAGUCUGAAAUAACAGAAAAAUUAACUUCGAGUAAUAAAGACGAGGAAAGAAGACGAGAAGAACAAGUUCGUCGUGAAAAUCAAUCGAAAGAUGCAAAUGAAAAUGAAAGGAGAAGAUCACAAGCAACGGACCAAGGACAAUCCAGCCGCAAUAAAUCCCGGGAUGACAAAUCGAAUACAAACAAAGUUGACACGGAAGUCGGUGGCGGUGGAGCGGUCUUUAGUUUUAACGCUAAACUCGGAGUAGAUUUUAGUAACACGCACAAUGCCGAACGAGAAAACGAGAAGAGUGAACACGCCAAGAAAAAUUCUGAUGAACACGACAGAAAGUUGGAAAAUAAAGAAAGAAUCCAACACAAUUUCGAUUCAAACAGUUGGGCUGACGUGGACAGAAUCAGUUCAACAAUUUCAGGGAAAAUGACGAACGAUUCCGAUAGUUCCCGGCGUGUAGAAAUUUCAAAAGAAGAAAUCGCAAAAUUAUUAAAAGAAAGUAAAGACCACGUCCAAUGGGACGGAGAGAAAUUCGUUCCCAAACCGAUGCAACUCAGCAGAAUCAAUUUAGGCCAAUUUCGUGAUUCUCAAUCGUUUCAGAAUGGCAACGUCCGGGUCCGUUACACGACCGCCGAACUGUCGGCGCCGAUUAAAUUUUUGGAACACACAGAAUUGACCGUCACUGACGAAUGGAAUAAUUUAAAGGGCGAACUCGAAGCCACUACUAAGCUGUUAAGUACAACUGUGAACAACUUGGUGAAAACAAAUACCGAACUGAGAAAUGCGAAGAACGAUUUAACUAAAACGCGAAUUGAUUUCACUAAUAAAUUAGAAGGGACUAAAAAGGAGUUGGAGAAAACGAAGGCCAAUGUUAAUAGUUUAUCUGCCCAAUUAAAUGAGACAAAAAAGGAAUUGGUGAACACGAGGGCUGAUUUAACCAAAAACAUCGAUGGUUUAUCUUCCAAAUUAAAGGCGACCGAAAAAGAAUUGGCAGAAACGAAAAUAACGAACAGAAAUUUAUCAACUGAACUCAAAACGAAUUCAAAUCAAUUGCGUCAAGAUCUAAAAGUCACUGAAGAAAAUCUGAAAAAAGAUCUGAGAGAGACUCAAAAGGAGUUGGUGAAAACGAGGGCUGAUUUAACCAAAAACCUCGAUGGUUUAUCUUCCAAAUUAAAGGCGACCGAAAAAGAAUUGGCAGAAAUGAAAAUAACGACCAGAAAUUUAUCAACUGAACUCAAAAAUUGUGUAGCGAAUUUCGAUCGAUUAGGUCAAGAAUUAAAAGUUUCUGAAACAAAUUUGAAAAAAGAUCUAAGAGCGACUUCAACUGAUUUGGAAACUACAAAAACAAAUUUGGCCUCAACGAGAACCGAAUUGGGCAGCACCAAAUCCGCCGUUGCUGAUUUGGUGACCAAAUUAAAUGCCCGAACGAAUGAAAUAGUUGACAUUGGCCAAAUGCCAACCUCGUGUGCGGAUCUGCAACGGACGGGACAUAAACUGAGCGGAUUCUAUUCCGUAAAAGGAGCGAAGAAGAUGGAAAUGAUUUACUGCAACUUUUUUGCCAAUCAAAAUGACAAACAGAAAUGGGUCGGAUACACCGACGUCAAAUCUGCGCCCGUUCAUUUCUACGUCACGAGAAAUUCUAAUUUCAACACAACUAAAACUCCGAUUCUGUUCGAUUUGGCGCGGGUGAACGAGGGAAACGCCAUGAAUUUGACGUCGGGGAUCUUCACCUCACCGCGACCGGGAAUUUAUUUUUUCUCUUUCGCGGGACUGGCGUAUCUAAAAGGUUCACCGCCGUCUGGGUUUUCUUCUUAUCUUUAUUUGAACAGGAAUCGAAUCGGAAUGAGUGUUGUUCUAGAAAAUAACGGCCCCGUUGAUCAAGUUAGUCCGUUGACCCUCCAGUCGACGCUCAACUUGAAAAAAGGCGAUCAAGUCUGGGUGACGAUUGGUUAUACUGGUUCCUCGUAUUUGUAUGACGACAUUAAUCACCGCACCCAUUUCACGGGUUUCAUGUUGGAGGAGGAAAUUGCCGCGUCACUUUGAGGUUCAACUUCAUCGGCGACGCACGACAGACGACUCAUUUUCGACCCAAACAUUUUUGUUUAAUGUCGACACGCAAUUUUGGGGAGGGGGGAGAAGGGGGAGAGAGAGGGAAUUUAAAGGGGGAGAGAGAGAGAGAAGAAAAUUAUUUUGAUUUCAACUCGUUAAGGGGUGGGCAUUUCUUUACAGAAAUCGAACUGUUUAUGCAACUAGACUUACGGAAUACACACACCAAUUGUCAAGUUUCUAUCUGUAAAACUCUAGACCUUACAAACAAAAAACCAAUUUUGAUUGCGUGAUUUACACAAUGCAAGUGGACAACAAAUUGGAGAAAAUUCAUUCGCUUCUAAUUCGUUAAUGGUUUGGAAUUUUUUCAAAAUCUUUUCAUAGUUAUAUUCUUAUUAUAGUUGUGCAAAUUCACGCAUCUAUGGGGAAAAUAAAGGACAAAUGAAAAACAAAUUUGAAUUUGAUUGCCCAUCGCAGCUUAACAUCAAAUAAAAUUAACGCUGAAUCGCUUCUAUUUCCCGCAUCUUAAUACAAAAGCAUUCUAUA